ACGUCUAUGCGUGGUGUUAGGAUGUGUCUGUGUCAUAUCCCAGCCUGACAGAAUUUGUGUUUUUUUUUGUGUGUGUGUAACCACGCCUACACAGUGGCUGCCAAGGUUUACCCAUGAGUUAAACCUUCUUUAGCUGGUAAUGAGGAAGGCGUGGGCUCUAGCAGUGGACACCCGAAGGCAGCAGUGGGUGAAAACAAGCAAAAUAAAGAAAAGUUUGGCUGUGAGAAGGUGCUAGACAGCCAGCCAUAGUGACGAGGAGGCAGGACCACCACCAUCACCACCACAGGGAAGGAAAAUGAUCACGUUGACGAAGAAACUGAAGUCCAGCAAGGGAGGAGUGUUGGAUGAACCGCCAAAGAAGAGGAUAUCAAUUCGAGAUCAGCUGCUUGUUAAGGAGGUCAGCGAGAUGGAGAGCAACCUCCCCGAAGGCUGCGUUGCCCACUUUGACGACCCUGACACACUUCACUGCUUCCGGCUGGUGGUGACCCCCCCGGAGGGUUACUGGUGGGGUGGUGUGUUUGUCUUCCGAAUUAAUGUCCCUGAGGAUUACAACAUUGCACCACCUGAAGUGAAGUGCGAGACAAGAUUAUGGCAUCCAAAUAUUAGCGAAGAGGGAGAAAUUUGUCUUUCACUUCUCCGCCAAAAUUCUAUCGACGGUCUAGGGUGGGCGCCGACACGGAGACUUAAGGACGUUGUUUGGGGCCUCAGCAGUUUGUUUAUGGACCUGCUAAAUUUUGACGAUCCGCUCAACAUCGAAGCAGCAGAGCAUUAUCAACGCGACAAGGAAUCGUUCAGCAGGAAAGUGAGAGAGUACAUCGAGAAACACAAUAAACGAUGAGAUAAAAUAAUGCCACCACCACCACCACCGCCGCCGCCACUGCUACCACCACCACCACCACCAGCAGCGCCGCCACCUUAGCCUAGCACCCCCACGCCCCCUGGUUUCUCCUCCGACGCCUCCUCCUUCUCCUCCUAGUGUAUUUGUUUGGUCCCUGCCUCUAUAAGUGGUUGCCAAGUUGUUCCUCUGCCUCCAUUUUGUUUUAUAAAUGACCUUUUUUUUUUGUUUUUUGUCUUGUUUGUUUAUUUAUUUUGUUUAUUUGUUUAUUUAUUCGUUUUUUUUUUUAAGGGGAUAAAAUGUUGAUGGGGUUUUUUUAAUUGAUUUUUUUCGUUUUUAUUUAUUUUUUUAUUGAUUAUUUAUUUUAUUUUAUUUAUUUAUUUAUGUUUUUGAUGAGAAAAUAGUUAGUUUUUUUUAAUUGGGAAAUGUUAUUGUUUUUAUUUAUUUAUUUAUUUAUUUAUUUUUUUUUUUUUUUUUGCCCGUCAGAAUGUCUCGCAGUCAGUCGAGUGUCUACUAAACAACUAAACAUUUAUUUAUUUAUUUAUUCUAUUUUUGUUCUGACAGGAAAAAAUAUCGGCAGGUUUUUGAAUGCAUAGAAAAUAGUUUAAUUUUUGUUAUAUAUAUUCAGUUGCUGCCAGAAGAUCACAGGCAGUCUGAUAAAUUAAUGUUCCUAUUUAUUUAUUUUAUUUUACUGAAGAAAAAUAAUUAUUAGUUUUUCUUUAAUGUGUAAAGAGUUAAUUUAAUUUUUGUUUUAGAUUUUAUUUCAUUGCCUAAAGAUCACAGGUUGUCGAGCGUUAGGUAAAUUAUUAUUAUUAUUAUUAUUAUUAUUAUUAUUAUUAUUAUUAUUAUUAUUAUUAUUAUUAUAUUAUUUUUUGACGGAAAGAUUUUUUUUUUUUAUUAAAUGCAUAGAGUUCAAUUUAUUUAUUUAUUUAUUUAUUUUUGACUGCGUAAAAAUCAAAGGCAGUCGAGCGUUUGAUAAACCAUUUUUAUUUGACAAGAAAAGACAUUAUUAUUAUUAUUAUUAUUAUUAUUAUUAUUAUUAUUAUUAUUAUUAUUAUUGAUGUGUAGAGUUCAAUUUAUUUAUUUAUUUAUUUUUUUUUUUUUUAUAUAUAUUUUGUGACCGCGUAAAGAUUCCAUAAGACUUCAGAUAUUUAUUUAUUUUAUUUAUUUAUUUAAAUUUUUUUUUGACCGAAAGAAAAAGAAUAAUGAAUCUACUUUUGACCUUAAAAAAAAAGUAAAAAAAAAAGUAGAAGGCAUUUUGAAUGAGAGAAAAAGAAGAAAAAGAAAGUAGAUUGUGACAUUUCAGCUGAGUAACGCUUGGAAGGUGACAGCCAGCCAAGUGUCCUGAAGACUUCACAUUUCUUCGACUGUGAAAAAGAAAAAAAAAAAAUGAUAGUUUGUGUUUGUUUUGUAUACUUCCGCAAGGGGUGGUGGAGUGACUGUACACAACACAAUAAAGACGAGGGGAAAGAG